AGUAGGGAUUGCAUUAAGUAGUGGUAGUAGUACAUGAAUAAUUUGACAAGGCAUAAAAUUUACCAAUUUUACAAACCUUAUUGGAGGCAGUAGUACUCUAAGAACAAAUUAAAAGUGCAGGAGUAGUACUUAUGCUUUACUAAUUUGCGAUUCGCCUAAAUCUUUCAGGAUAAGAUCAGGAGUUCUUCUUCCUUUCUGGUUUUUCGACGACUUCUCGUACUUGUUAUCAUAACCUGUAAUUUUUGUUCUAAUGAAACAGAACCUCAGCUUCUUCAGCAAAAUAUAACCGAAUUUUCGUGUGACGCCACAAAGCUGAUCAUGUAUUCAUCACAUUGCAAAUGAUAUGUUGCAGAAAAAUGCGUGCUGUCGACGGCUGACUUCUGAAAACUUCGUCGGAGGAAGCGGCGAUUGUCGCUUGAAGGAUUUGAGUAACUGCUUGACAGCAUCAAGAGAGCUUCUGAAAGCAAUAAUCCAUGUACUGGGGCCCUGCGAUCGGCAUUUCUCGGCAAUUUCGCUUGUUUUCGCACUUCAUGCAGAGAUUUAUCAUGCCUCCGAGCAUCUGGUAUGUUUAAUGGCAGAAAAGAGAUCUGACUGCUGCGAAACCAUCUGUCGGAAGAAUCUCGAAGAGAAGAGGAGCAUUAGGUGCCUCAUUCAGCCCAUUAUCAAGGAACUCCAAUCGGAAAAGAUACUACGGAAAAGAACCGAGAGGAUAAACAAAGAACUAGGACUCGAGUUCACGAAAUUGAAGGAUUCGCUGACGAAGACGAGUCAAGAGCUCGAAAACGAGAGAAGAUCGAGAGAAGUAGCAGAAAAGAUGUGCAGCGAUCUGUCGAGAGAAUACGCAGAGCGGAAGGCGGCGGUCGAGGAGCUGAAAAGGCAGUUCGUGAAGGUCCAAGAGGAGCUGGAAGAUGAGAGAGAGAUGCUUCAGAUCGCCGACGAGUGGCGCGAGGAAAGAGUCCAAAUGAAGAUCUACGAAGCAAAGUUGGAAUUCGAGGAGAAAAGCGCGGUCGUCGAUCGACUGCGCAACGAGCUCGAAGCCUUUUUAACUGCUAAAAGAACGGAAGAACCCGAAGCAGACGACGAAGACGGAGAAUCGCAAAGUAGCGGUUUGCAUUCGAUCAAACUUCACAUCGAACGAGAUAACGAAACCGAAACAAGGUUAAAUUCACUUGAGGAGGAAGGAAGAGAAUCGAACUACGGUGACAGAGCGGUUCAGGACGACGAAAACUACAUGAAGGGGCUAUGGAAACGUAUGUUAUCUGAUUCAAAAGAUGCUAUUGCACAAUGUUUGGUGCCCGAGGAAGACGAAGCUUGCGAAGAAGAGUCGAAUGUCGCGGAGAUGGUGAAAGCAAUGAGGGAGAGAGUGAAUGGUGAGAUCGUCGAAAGGGGCGGUAAAAUGCUUCAGUCUCAUGUUCAAAUACCCUCCAUGUAG